AUGGCCCCUAUCAGAGUAGGAAUCGUAGGAUUGUCCAGCAAACCAGGCACAUGGGCGACGCUGGCGCAUCUGCCUCGACUGGCCACAUCGCCCAACUACCAAAUCGUGGCGCUGUGCAACUCGACGCUGGAGUCGACCAAGGCGGCCAUCAAAGCGCACCACCUGCCGGAGUCGACCAAGGCCUACGAUUCCUACGAUCAGCUGGCAGCAGACCCGGACGUCGACCUCUAUGUCGUCUCCACUCGGGCCGACACGCACUAUGAGGUGGCCAUGCCUGCAUUGAAGGCCGGACGCAACGUGUUUGUGGAAUGGCCACUGGCAGCGACCACAGAGCAAGCGAGAGAAAUGGCGACCCUGGCCAAAGAGAAGAACGUCAAGACCAUCGUCGGUCUCCAAGGCCGCAUGUCGCCGAGUGUGAGGAAGGUGAAGGAACUCAUCGACACGGGAGCCAUAGGAGAGAUCCACAGCGUCAAUUAUCAGGGAGCCAUUCACGUAUGGCAGAAGAACGCGGCGGGCGAACGGUAUCAGUAUUUCAUGGACCGCAAAGUCGGGGCCAACCUCCUGACCAUAUACGGCGGCCAUAUCCUCGACUCCAUCUUCUAUGCAGUGGGGGAGCUGUUGCCAGGUAGCUACACUCCCAUGGCGGCCAACCUGAGACCCAAGAUGCACCUUCUCAAGGACGACGGGUCGCUGUCGGAAGAGCUCUAUGACAAGGACACCCCCGAUCAAAUCCUGCUUCAGGGCAAGCUGGACCGGCACCCUCGUGCAGUGUUCAGCUUCCAUCUCCGCGCGGGGGAUAGGUUCAUCGGCGGCCCGGGCUCCACGUGGAGGAUCUACGGGACCAAGGGCGAGCUGGUGGUCGAGUUCGCCAGUGCUGGGCCCCAGAUGGCCAAGGCCACCAGUAUCCGCUUCUCGAAUGCCGAGAAGGGCGAAAUCGAGGAGAUCACGACCGACGAGGGCGGCAAGAAGUGGACAGACCUUCCGACCCAGGGCCAGAAUCCCGGUCGUCUGUACGAGGCGUAUGCUGAAGGUCGGCCCUAUCCUGACUUCGACAGCGCGGUCCAGCGGCAUGAACUGCUCGAUGAAUUUUGGGCGAGCAUGUCGUAG